CAAAAUGUUCUUUACAGGAUAAGAAGGGUCAUAAUCUGUUUUAUUAAUAUGCAAAUAUUUUCACUCACUGCAGAAAUAAGAUCAUAAAUUUCUCAAGAUAAUUGCAGUGAAAACACGUUUCUUAAUCAUAUCCUUUUUUUCAGGAGAAAACAUUGUUUUUCCGAGAAGUAUGGAAAACUUUAGAAAUGCAUAAAUCUCUGAAAGAACAUCUCAAUGUAAAGCGACGAUUUGCGAUUGGAUUCAACGACAACGAAGGCAUCGAGAGUAUCAAGCUGUCAAUCCUUGAUGUUGUAGGUAAACUUGAUCACUGGGGUGAAGAGCUUCCUCGCUCAUGGGCUAUGUUUGAAACAUUCUUUCAGGAGAAGAAAAAACUCAAGAUUUUAAAGAUAGACGCACUCAUUGCUUUCAAUGAAGCAUUGCCAGAGGGAAUAAAGCUCCAAAUGGAUGAUAUCAAUGUUAUGCUGCAGUUUUUCCAUGAUAUAAGAGAAAUUUUAUACUUUGCUCAAGUAUUGCUCAGAGAAAUAGUUAUUCUUGACGUUCAGUGGUUUGCAUAUGCAUUUAAAAAUGUCAUAACAGAUAAAAACCAUGCACAAGAGGAUUUAUUUGAGUUUACUGCAGAAUGGGACAAAUUCAAUGAAACUGGGGAGUUAGAUGAAACACUGCUUUGUGCUAUAUGGAAAAUGAACAACAAUGGGUACAUCGAACAUAAAGAAGACAUUAUGCUUUACAUGGAGAGACUAGGGCUCUUAGCUAAAAUGAGUGACAACAAAUGGUAUGUUCCCUGUAUGAACAAAGUACCGUUUCCUGUGGAAUGUUUCUCAUCAUACCCUGCCUCCUCCAUCCUCUGCUACACAUUUGAUUUUCUUCCUGCGGGAAUUUUCCAUCGUCUUGUAGCAACUUGCAUGCAGAUUCCUUGGGAGGUAUUUGCUGAUAACGACAAAGGAUGCAUUUACCAGACUGUAACUAUUUUCGUGUUUCCAGACUUGCACCAUAACAUCAUGCUUGGAAUGACUCAAAAAGAAAUUCAAUUGCAAGUUUUUGUGGCAGAGGGAGAAUUAGAUGUUUUAACAUGUCAUCAAGUUAGAGAAAAAAUUGAGCAUAUGUUAUACAACCUUUCCAACACAUUCCAUAAAACCCCUGAAUUCCAAGUUGCAUUCAAAUGCAAAUCCAAAGGAUUUUGUGACAGCAAAGAAAGCUCUGUCAUAAGUGAAUCUAAGUUUACACAAGCAACCUUUCAGUGUCCGUCCUGUCCGGCAAACAAAAAGCACUGUAUCAUCACAGAAGAUAUUAAAAAAUAUUGGGAACAGGUUCCUGAGGAGGACUCCAAGAUUAAAACAGAUAAAAGUGGAAAUGAGAAAACAACACUGACAAAGCCUAUGAAGGACACAACAGCAAUCGAAUUACCCUCUACAGAUGAGUCCAGCGAAAAUUUUGACAAAAUCAUGAAGUUGUUGCACGUUGGAGUUGACGCUAUACGAAUCUGCUUUGAUAAAUUCUUCCCAAAAGAGAGUUUAGAAAAGACUCUGAAAGAUAAUGAAACAGACAUGAGAAGAGGACAGUUCCGAUUCCAACCACCUCAACUAGAGAUUUUGUUCCCUCCUGAAGGUGGGUCUAAUAGUGUUACAUCCUUAUCUAUGGACAUAUCUAUCAUGUAUAAAUUGUUGAGGAAUUACUCUGACAUUCCUCCUCCUGGGAAUGGAUGGGGAAAGGAACCUAAAGUGGAGUACAUUACGGAGAGUGACGACAUAGAGAGGAUUCGUUUAUAUAGAAAUAAGUACUCUCAUGUUUCCGGAAGUAAUCCUGUCCUUAAGGAUGAUGUUUUCAACGUAAUCUGGACUGACCUAUACCAG